AUGGCUCCAAAAACAAUACUGGAUGUCCACGUUUAUCACCGAGCUCAUGACGACGCCAUAGGACAUUACUUGGCUUUUCCGUGGAAGCCUAUAUGCACUCAGCGGGGUUUUAAGACAGGAACGGCAUUUGCCUAUAUAGGUCAUAAUUACGUAGUACCGGGUUUGUGUUCUUGCAUGAUGGAAACUUCGUCCGAAGCUUAUCUUACGAAGUUGUAG